AUGGCCAAUAGUAUUGACUAUCGGGGCAGUAUAGCUAUGGUCAAUGGUAUUGACUAUUGGGGCAGUAUAUCUAUGGCCAAUGGUAUUGACUAUCGGGGCAGUAUAGCUUUUGCCAAUGGUAUUGACUAUCGGGGCAAUAUAGCUAUGGCCAAUGGUAUUGACUAUCGGGGAAGUAUAGCUGUGACCAAAGGUAUUGACUAUCGGGACAGUAUAGCUAUGGCCAAUGGUAUUGACUAUCAGGGCAGUAUAGCUAUGGCCAAUGGUACUGACAAUCGGGGCAGUAUAGCUAUGGCCAAUGGCAUUGACUAUCAGGCAGUAUAA